AUGCGCCUCUUUGCAUGCAUGUGCAUUGUGCUUAGCUUUUUGGAAGGAGUGAGCUGUUCGUGUCCUUCACAGUGCACCUGCGAUUAUCACGGCAGAAAUGACGGCUCGGGAUUAAGGUUGGUGUUAUGUAAUGACCUGGAUAUGAACGAGAUCCCCAUGAACUUCCCCGUGGACACCGUGAAGCUUCGCAUAGAGAAGACUGUCAUCCGCAGAAUCUUCGCUGAGGCCUUCUACUACCUAGUGGAGCUCCAGUACCUCUGGGUGACUUACAACUCUGUGGCCACUGUUGACCCCAGCAGCUUUUACAACCUAAAGCAGCUGCAUGAGCUGCGCUUGGAUGGGAAUUCUCUGGUUGCUUUCCCUUGGGCAUCUCUGCUGGACAUGCCCCAUCUGAGGACCCUGGAUUUGCACAAUAACAGGAUAACCAGUGUGCCAAAUGAGGCGGUCAGGUAUCUGAAGAACCUCGCCUACCUGGAUUUAUCAAGCAACAGACUAACCACAUUGCCGCCAGGUUUCCUGGAGAGCUGGUCCCACUUAGUUACAACACCUUCUAGAAGCCUGGACCUUUCACCAAGAAGAAUUAUUCUCGGUCUGCAGGACAACCCCUGGUUCUGUGACUGUCACAUUUCCAAAAUCAUCGAGUUGUCAAAGGUUGUUGACCCUACUAUAGUGCUUCUUGAUCCACUGAUGAUAUGUAGUGAACCCGAGAGCCUCACAGGAAUUUUGUUUCAGCGGGCUGAGUUGGAGCAGUGUCUGAAGCCAUCGGUGAUGACCUCGGCCACCAAAAUCACGUCUGCUCUGGGCAGUAAUGUCCUGCUACGGUGUGAUGCCACUGGCUCUCCCACCCCACAGCUCACGUGGACCAGAUCAGACAGCUCGCCAGUUAAUCAUACAGUAAUUCAGGAAUCUCCAGAGGAAGGAGUCAGAUGGUCCAUAAUAAGCUUGACAAGCAUUUCUUACAAGGAUGCUGGGGAUUACAAAUGUAAGGCCAGCAAUUUGGCUGGGAUGUCAGAAGCUGUGGUUACUGUGAUAGUUGUUGGUGUUGUCACAACCACUGUAUCAUCAGACACUUCUGAAAGAAGACCUGGAGAUCACUCUGAGCAGGAGGCCCAUCCAGGAUCUGGAAGAGUGACACCCAUCCCUAGCUCAUUGUCAACUCCCUCGUCCUCUUCCUCCUCUUCUCUUCCCCCCACUUCUUUCAUUUCUCUUUCUACUUCUUCUUUGUCUCCUCCCUCCACUGCUUCCUUCUCUUUAUCUCCUUUCUUCUCCUCCAUUGUUUCUUCAACCACCACUCUAGGCAGUAGUGUUUCAGCAAGCACCACCAUGGCCCCCAGGCAGUCAGUGCAGCUCCACCCAGAUGGGAAAAGAAACUUAAAGGUGAAGAUGAAUGGAAGUAAGCUCCCCCGAGCCAGUGCAAGUAAGAAGGAAGAGUUGGCAUUGUUGGAUCGAACAGCACCUACGGAGAUGAACGCCGCAAUAGAAAACCUCAGAGUGGUCAGCGAGACUGAAGAGAGAGUGACUUUGACGUGGAACACUAUCAACCGCACGCAUAACUCUGCGGUGACUGUGUUUUACUCCAAGUAUGGUGAAAAGGACCUGCUGCUGUUGAAUGCAGACUCCAGCGAGAAUCAAGUAACCAUAGAUGGCUUGGAGCCUGGUAGGCAAUACGUGGCGUGUGUCUGUCCGAAAGGAGAGCCUCCCCAGAAAGACCAAUGUAUCACCUUUUCUACUGACAGAGUUGAGGAAGAAGGUGAUUUUCAGUGGUCUUUCCUCAUCGUGGUGACCAGCACUGCCUGUGUUGUUGUCUUGCCAUUGAUUUGUUUCUUGUUGUACAAAGUUUGCAAACUGCAGUGUAAGUCAGAAUCUUUCUGGGAAGAUGAUUUUGCAAAAGAAACUUAUAUCCAAUUUGAGACCCUGUCUCCGAGGUCUCAAAGUGUAGGGGAACUCUGGACACAAAGGCACAGAGAUGACUCAGAAAAAUUGCUGCUUUGUUCUAGGUCAAGUGUGGAAUCUCAGAUAACUUAA